AUGGCAACCAAGGAGCCCUUAAAGGAUGCAGCAGAAGGCAGUGCCUACAGAGUCAACAACCACCUGGAUCAUAAAUUCAGACCUCAACCUGUGAGUGACAUCAUUGCUUCUGCUGAGAUUCUAGCUCGAAACAGGUUGAAUUAUGAAGUAACUAGUAAAAUCCAUGAGAAAUUUGUCGACGAUCUACGAUAUGGCGAGAGUCCUCGUGCAUUGUCAAGUGAAAGACCACAGCCUGGAGACCUCAUUGAGAUUUCCCGCCUGACCUAUUCGCACUGGGCUGUCUAUGUUGGAGAUGGUUACGUGGUCCAUCUGCCUGGUCCAGAUCUGUUCGCGUCUAUCUCUGGCAGCAAGGACAACUCAAAUAAACUUUUGAAAAGCCUAGUGAAGCGCGAACUCCUGGAGCAUGUCGUCAAGAAUGACAAGUACUGGGUCAACAACAACUUAGACAACAAGUACCGCCCCAGGCCAAUCGAAGAGAUUGUCCGGCUUUCAGAGUCCAAAGUUGGAGUAACUCGCUUCUAUCUCUACCUGGUUUCAAACUGCGAAGAGUUUGCUACUGAGAUGAGAUAUGGAAAGGGACGCAGCCAGAAGUUGUCAGAGAAGCCAGAACGUGGAGACAUCAUUGAGAUUUUUCACCCUAGCUAUGUGGAUUGGGCCAUCUACGUGGGAAAUGAUGAGGUGAUUCACCUGACUCCUUGCUCAGGUGAGCCUCCCAGUGGUGGCAUUACUAACUUCUUCACCAAUCAGCGAGUCAAGGCCAUGGCAACCAAGGAGCCCUUAAAGUACAUGGUUGAAGGCAGUGCCUACAGAGUCAACAACCACCUGGAUCAUAAACACAGACCGAAGCCCGUGAGUGACAUCAUUGCUUCUGCAGAGAAGCUAUGUCGAAACAGGGAGAAUUAUGAAGUACUUAAUAAAAAAUUUGAUAAAUUUGUCGACGAUCUACGAUAUGGCGAGAAUCCUCGUGCAUUGUCAAGUGAAAGACCACAGCCUGGAGACCUCAUUGAGAUUUCCCGCCUGACCUAUUCGCACUGGGCUGUCUAUGUUGGAGAUGGUUACGUGGUCCAUCUGCCUGGUCCAGCACCUGAACGUGUGUCUUCUUCUGAGCCAAGAUCCAGCAGCAGUGCCAAUUCCUUCAGAGAAUCCAAUGGCAUAGUGAAGCGUGAGACCCUAGAGGUUUUGGUCAAAGGAGACAAGUACUGGGUCAACAACUACUUGGACAACAAAUACCAACCAUAUCCCAUAGAAUUAAUUGUGCAGUUGGCAGUCGCUAAAGUUGGAGAAACUCGCUACUACCACCAGCAGUUGUUUAACAGCGAGCACUUUGUAACGGAACUGAGAUAUGGCUUGUGCAACAGUCAGCAGUUGUCAGAGAAGCCAGAACGUGGAGACAUCAUUGAGAUUUUUCACCCUAGCUAUGUGGAUUGGGCCAUCUACGUGGGAAAUGAUGAGGUGAUUCACCUGACUCCUUGCUCAGUUGAGUUUUCCUUCACCGGCGUUUUAAACCUCUUAACCUAUGCAUGGGGCAAGGCCAAGGCAACCAAGGAGCCCUUGAAGCAUGAAGCAGAGGGCCCUCUCUACCGGGUCAACAACCACCUGGAUCAUAAAUACAGAACCCAGUCUGUUAAUGAAAUCAUUGCAUCUGCAAAGAGGCUGGCUUGUGACAAAGAAGAUUAUGAAUUCUGCAGCAAAACCAGUGAGAAAUUUGUCAACGAUCUACGAUAUGGCAAGCACCCUCGCCUAUUGUCAAGUGAAAACCCACAGCCUGGAGACCUCAUUGAGAUUUCCCGCCUGGACAAUACACAUUGGGUCGUCUAUGUUGGAGAUGGUUAUGUAGUCCAUCUGUCUGGUUCAGGCAGCAGUGAUGCCAAAUCAGUUAGAGAUUCCAAAGGUACUGUAAAGCAUGAGCUCCUAGAGGACGUGGUCAAGAGAGACAAGUACUCAGUCAACAACUACUUGGACAACAAGUACCGCCCAAGGCCUGUCCAAGAGAUCAUCCAGCUGGCCAAGGCCAAAGUGGGAGAAACUCGCUACUACCACUUGCUGUUGUCAAACUGCGAGCAUUUUGCCACUGAGCUGAGAUAUGGCAGGACACAAAUCCAGCAGAGUGAGAUCGCUGACAGUAAGAAACAGGAGGGAGUGAAACGCAUCGGAGCACGUUUGUUCAAAGUUACAACUGCAUGAAGAAGCCAUGAGUAAUCCUCACCUCACAGAAUAUCACUUCCUCUCAGUACCUUUUUCUUCCCUCAUCCUCCCACUGUUGAUGGCAAGGUCUGGUUCAGUUUCUUAAAGAAUAAAAUGGCUAAAUAAAGUGACCACUGCAUGGAUUUUUCCAACUACCUGAUUAUAGUCUCAUGAGUUAUAUGGAAUACCUGAAACAAAUCAAUUCCUCACUGAUCACUAGCAACAGCACAACUCUGGAAAUGUUCCUGAUGUCUUGAUUUAAUUUUCUUUCCUUUACUAUGGGAAUAAUAGCAGUGUCUUUAUCAUGUAUUGCUGAGAAUA